AUGAACUUCUCUGCGGGGGACUCGAGCACGGUGGCCUCUGUUUGUGGAGACGCUGAAGCAAUUGAGAGGUCUCUCAGGAUUGAGAGAGAAUGCGAAGAGUUGAGAGCAACCAGUUCGUAUCUGAAGCAACGUUUAAAACUGGUCGAGGGUUCCGAGUCCACGAAAGAACACACAACCAACGACGAAGCGCAACUUGUUGCUCUACUUCGACGACUUCGGGCCAGUGGUUUCGAGUCCUCUCGUACACUACUGCUCCUCUUCUGGAAGAUAAUUGGAUCAGCCAUACGGGCACGGAAGGAAGCAAGCCUCGUAAGGGCCGAGGUCGUCAGUGUGCGCAACCGCCUGCGAGAGAUUGAAGCAGCGAAAAGUGAACUUGCACACGCACAUACCGAUGAGAUCGAUGCUCUGAAGAAACAGCAUCGUCGGGAGUUGAGGAAAAUGAGUGAAGAAAUGAUGACCAAUAACAGCGAAGCUGAACUACGAAAGGAGAUGGCUGAGAUGGCCGUCAAAAGCAGGGAGUCUGAGAUAUCUCGCCUCCGCAACGAUAUGGCGAAGCAAUGGAAACGGUGUUGGGUGACCGAUACGGAGAGAUUCGAAUUCCUCUGGGAGGAGCUGCAAGCUUUGCGGCUCCAAAAUGAAGUGCUCGCCAUCCGAGACAGGUUGCUGAAGGAUCUCGUGAAGGAGACAUCGUCAAACCAGAAAAAUGAGCAUCGUAUGAAACAACUGUGGGCGAAGCUCUCGGCAGCGGACCGGAGAAUUACUGACUCUACUGGAUCCGUUGAGCAGAAGCAGCUCCUGCAGAAGGCUGUCGAGGACCGAGUGCGAGUGUAUGAGACGCGUAUAGCUGAUCUUGAACGCGAGCGGCUCGGGGACGAGCUCAAUCCGCAGGCCGUUGCUGAGCUACAGGAGAGAGUUGUGAAUGUGGAAGCAGCGAAGUCCAAGUUGGAGAACGAGAAAGGAAUGCUCGAGAAAGAGGUGCAGGCUAAAACAGAGAAACUCUUGCGCAUUGAGCGGGAGCAGGAACGAACAUCUACGGCCAUGCGAGAGGCACUGGAUGCUGCCCUACAGGAGAAAGCUCGACUCAUUACCGACUUGGACAUAUAUAACGAACAGCUCAGUGCUAAUGAGGCCCUGAGGGAGCUGCUGAUGAUGGCGAAAAUUGAACCUCUUGAAUUGCCGAGGACAGCACCAUGA